UCUCUCUCUCUCUUCUCCCUCUCUCCCGUUCCUCUCUUUUUCUCCCUUUCUCCGCAAAAGCUCCCUUAGCCCAUCUUUCUCACUCUGUCUUUUCUCUCCUCGGCUAUCGUCUGUCUUCUCUUCUCCCUACUCUUGCGAGCAUUCCAGCUUUCGCUUUACAAAAGCGUCUCCUUAAACUUUUUUCUCCGCGGUCACGCGUGGCGAGCGAUCCGGGAUCGGUGACAGAUUCUAGACGAUUGAUGGAUACGAGCGGAGUACGUCGGACAAGUUCUCCCGGCAAUCCAAGGUGUCUUCAUGGCGAGUCACGUGGAUUCCGGUGAUUCGAGAGAAUUUCGUUAGUUUGGCUCGGACCGAGUGCGUUAUGGGACGUGCGUGUUCCGCCUGAUAUAUCGCGUGUCUAUCAUCAUUGGACAAGUCCACCGGUACAGAUUUUGCUGCGGACCACCGGGCUGAAAUUCUUGACGAGAGUGCGUGGCAACAAUCAAACAAAAAUUCGCUCGGGUGUAUCGGGUCGAUGUGCACAAGUCCGAGGAAACUCACUGACACUUCGCGUCGCUCGGUGGUAGUUCCAGUCCGGAAGAAGCUCAUAUGGAAUGGCAUCACGUGGGCCGUCGCCGCCGUGGACGCUGUCGAUCGCGAUAGCGAUGGUCGUCGUGAUGACAGCUCUGGCUAGUGGCAUCUGCCCGCCGCGAUGUCGAUGCGACGACGAGAGCCUACGCGCCUCUUGCGCUUACGCCGGCCUCGAGGUCGUGCCGAUCCAAUUGAAUCCGGACCUCCGUCACUUGGACCUCUCUAAGAAUCGCGUGACCAACGUGCACCUGACCUUCGGCUUCUACGGGAAUCUCGAGAGCCUCGAUCUCAGCUCGAAUCUCAUCCGCACCCUGGGUCAGGAGAACUUCAGCCUGCAACAAAAUUUGCUCGUGUUAAACGUCAGCAACAAUGCGAUUCACACUUUAGCGAAGAACGCUCUGCGAGGACUCACGUCUCUAAAGGAAUUGCAUCUGGCCGGCAACAACAUCUCGCACAUGGACGAGCAGGCGUUCAAGUACACCAGCGAGCUGGAAGUGCUAAAUCUGAGCAAUAAUUCGAUCACGAGUCUACCCGACGAUCUGCUGACGAAUCUGCACAAGAUACGGACUUUGAUCCUGAGCGAGAACUCGCUGUUGGAGGUACCGACGAAUAAUCUGGUGCUAGCGCCAAGUCUGGAGCGAAUAGAUAUGUCGUACAACCUGAUACAGGAGCUCGAUCGAGACUCCUUGCCGUCGUUACCAUCAUUGAUCUCCCUAAAUCUGUCCAACAACGUCAUCAGGGGCAUCGCCGACGUCGCCUUCGAUCGUCUACCGGAUCUUUUGUAUCUGGAUUUAUCCGGGAACAAUUUGACGUCCGUGCCUACGGCCGCCCUGGCCAGACUGAGCGUUCUGACGAGCUUGGUUUUAAGCACGAAUCCUCUCGGGUCCUUAGAGGCCGUGGCCUUUCGCAAUCUCUUCGAGUUGAGGAACUUGGAACUGAACGACUGCAUGAUCACGAGCGUAAACGCGCGAGCGUUCGCCGACAAUGUGAACCUCGAGCGUAUCUCGAUGGACGGCAAUCGGGAAUUGAGAGAGCUACCGGUGCGUGUCUUAUACGGUGCUCGAUACCUCAGGUGGGUCUCGUUACGCCGUUGCAGCUUGGCGACUCUGCAACCGACGCAAUUUCCGGUCGACGGUCUCUCCCAUCUACGUGUCGGCGGCAAUCCUCUCGUGUGCAACUGCUCGGUCCAUUGGCUGUGGAACGUGAUACGCGCCGAGGAGCGACGUAACGAGACGCGGCUCGAACUGGAUACCCACGACAUCAUUUGCAGCGACGAAGAGUUCGCUGGCAAGGCUCUGAUCACGCUGUCCGAGGGUUCCCUGCGGUGUCGCAUGAGCCCGCUGUAUCUGUCAUUGUCAACCGUCGGUUGCCUGGCGGCGGCCGCGACCGUGCUCGCUCUGAUCGCCCACGUCACCCGGACCAAGAGGAAGAGACGCUCGUCGCUCGCGUACGCCGCGUCGAAUCGUCCCGAGUUUCUGGUCUACGUAGGUAGAAGCGAUGGGCUGGACAAGAACGCCGAGUCCUACAGUCGGCGUCUGUUGGCCAGGAACAACGACGACAUGUCGUACGAUUCGCCACGUGGCAAGGCGGCGGUGCAGGCCGCGGCGGAGUGCAGCCCUCAGUCCCAGGACACGAACAUCUACGAGACUCCGCGAUACGCCCGACCCGGACAUCAUUGCGACGUCGUGGAUCCUUCGUACGGGAAACGACUGACGGAGGAAGGGGUGUACGCGGUGGCGGACGUGACCGAUCUGCGGGACGAGCCGCCGGAAGUGUUGUCGCUUUAUCGCGGACGCAACCCUUCCGGCAGAUCGAACACUCUACAACGGCUGGACUACGGUUACGAUUACGAGUACGAUUACGAUUACGAGCCGUCGCGUCAGUCGCCGCCUCCGCCACCGCCGCCGCCGCUUUCCGAGAAACCGCACGUUGUCUUCGUGUGAGGGGGAUCAGCACGUGGGUCCAGCUCUCUGUAGCCGUAAUCGGCGAAUUCGGGGAUAGUCUAGUCGUUAAGGCGAACCGGAUGCGCCGCGCCAACUCCGUAUCGCGAGCUUUUAACGGUCCGAAACGUCUCGGGAUUAUUGCUUCGACGACGCUCUCGGUGUCUUGAUUACUCGAGCGUCGCGUUGCGUAUGUGAUGAGAGAAAACUGCGGUGUACUAUAUAUAUACAUAUAUGUGUGUAUAUAUAUAUAUAUGUGUGU